UUGAGUUUAGCAAGCGAAACGCUGGAGAAGAAGUGCAACAUGGCUGAGGAGUCGGCAGUUAAAGUUUGUGUUCGAGUCCGCCCCGCUAUUCGCAGAGAAGAAAGUCAUCCAUCAGAAAGGACAGAGCCAGAUCAAAUCUUUUGGAAAGCUAAUAAAAAAUUAAUUCAUCAGCUUGAUGAUGGGAACUCACCAAAGAGUUUCAGUUUUGACCGAGUGUUCACUGCUGAAGAGACAACUGAUCAAUUAUACCAAGAUAUUGCAAAGCCGUUGGUUGUUUCAACUGUUGGAGGAUACAAUGGUACCAUUUUUGCUUACGGUCAGACAGCUUCUGGAAAGACAUUCACGAUGAUGGGAACUAACCAUAUUCCUGGUGUCAUACCAAUGGCUAUUGAUGAUGUUUUCCAAACCAUUAAAAAGUGUCCAAAGAAGGAGUUUCUUCUCAGGGUGUCUUACAUGGAAAUAUACAAUGAAACCGUGACUGACCUGCUUGUUGACAGCUGGAAAAGAAAACCGUUGGAAGUCAGAGAGACUACCAAUAAAAAUAUCUAUGUUGCUGACCUGACUGAGGAACUGGUGACUUCUCCUGCACAAGCAUUGGCCUGGAUUCGUAAAGGAGAAAAAAACCGUCACUAUGGAAUGACAAAAAUGAACCAGCGCAGCAGCCGUUCACACACCAUAUUUCGAAUGAUCCUAGAGAGUCGUGAAAGGAGUGACCUUUCAUCAGGAGAAAAUGCAGAUGGAGCCAUCAUCGUUUCCCAUUUGAAUUUAGUCGACCUGGCUGGAUCAGAGAGAGCAAGCCAAACAGGGGCUGAAGGUACACGCUUGAAGGAAGGCUGCAAUAUCAAUCGCAGCUUGUUCACACUAGGCCAAGUGAUGAUGAAGCUUAGUGACGAAAGCCCAAGUGGUUUCAUAAACUACAGAGACAGUAAGUUAACACGGAUUCUUCAGAACUCCCUUGGCGGUAACGCCAAAACAGUCAUCCUCUGCACAAUUACGCCUACAUUCCUCGACGAGACGCUCCGCACUCUGCAGUUUGCAAGCACUGCAAAGAAAAUGAAGAACGAUCCCCAUGUCACGGAGGUUUCUGAUGAUGGUGCGCUGCUCAAAAGAUAUCGUAAUGAAAUUGUAGACCUCAAGAAGCGGCUUCAUGAGGUUUCAUUGGUAACGCAAACCACAGCAACAGAGAGAGAGGUUCUCUCUCAGCUUCUCCAAGAAAAAGAACAACUUCAAGGAGAACAAGAGGACAGAAUAAGAAACCUCACCAAACUACUGGUCACUAGUACCAACUUAUCUCGUGUACCAAAGGUGCCCAAACGUAGGGUUACGUGGGGAGGAAAAAUAGCUCCCCCUUCUACCAGGGAAGAUGUUCAGUCAGACCUUAGCUUUGUUUGCUCUGUCAAUCAGAGAAAAGUCUCCUGUUUGACUGAGGUUGAAGAUGAAGAAUUUGACAGUCACUGGGAGAUUCCCGAGGAGGCAUUGGAUGACACAAACUCAAGUGGUGACUUUGUUACACUCCGUAGCUUUGGAAACCGAUCAUUUGAAAGAGUGUCAGAACUGGAGCUACAACUUCAAGCAUUAGAUCAGGAAAACCAGCAAGCCUUGGCUCAAAUUCAAGCAAUGGAGAAGGAGGCAGCAGAUGUCGACCUUAAGUUCAAAAGUGAAGCGCAGCAGAAAGCUGACGCCACUGACAAAAUAAAGUUGCUGGAGCUCUCUGUGGCAGAGCUAAAUAAACAACUUGAAGAACAGAGGAGCAACAGACAGUCUGAAUUUAAUAAACAGAUUGGAAGAGAUUUUGAAGAGACUGUUCACCUUUGUGAGAUUCUUGCCACCGAGAAGGAAAUGCUGGCUUCUGAGAGAGAUUAUUUAAAACAGGAGCUGGGUAUUUUCAUGGAGCAGACACAAAUAUUGGAAAAAGAGAACGCUGCUCUUUCACAAGAGCUGGAAGAAAACAGGGAACUGGAGGAGUUCAAAUAUCUUGAGAAAAAGUUUGGAAAAGAGCUUGAGUGGGAGUUCCAAGAUGAAAUAGGCUCAUUGAAGAAGGUUAUAGAAGCCCAGGGAAUCCAAUGCUUGGAAUUUAAGAAAAAUUUAGAGACCGUCUCUGAAGAACUGAUGAAGAAAACCAAAAUGGCUGAUGAUCUUCAGAAUAUGGUUGGCAAGGACUUGACUCAAGAGGUGGCAAAACUUCGUCGCUCUCUCGAAGAUUCAGAGGGCCUAGGUCGAGAGACAAAGAAAGAAUGGGCAUUUCUACGGAGUGAAAACAUUGCCUUGGAAGAGAUGAAGAAAACUCUGACUGUCAGCCAUGAGAAGAUGGAAGCUGAGGUCCACAGCCUGCGUUUUCAGCUUGAGUCUGAGAAAUCAAAUUUCAGGAAGAUGCAGAUGGAUCUCCAAAAAGAGCUCAAUGAUGUGUUUAAAGAGAACACCAAGCUAACCACUCUACUCGAUGGCAAAGUCCCCAGAAAUAUGAUGGAUAAUGUGGAACUUGAGAGAACAGUGAUUAACCUGAAAAAAGAGCUAACGGCAUCUCAGGAAGCAGAGGAAGUCCUGAAAGCUCAGCUGGAGGAACUGAGAUCACUUCAGUCUCUCACAAAUGAAGGGAACAACCUGGACAAGAUUGCUGCUGAAGAGAUGGAGAAAAGAGAGUCGGAUGUUGCAGUUCUUACAGCAGAGAGAGACCAGCUCCGGAUGGAUCUCCAAGAAAAUAUAGAUAUGAUGAUUGAGAAUCAAGCAGACCUCAGGAAUGCUCAUGGUAAAAUAGUUGCUCUGAAACAACGUCUCAAGCAGCUGGAGAGUUCCCAAACACCCAAUUUAGGAAAGCCAAUUGAUGGCAUGACUGCAGAGAUUGAGACCCUUCAAACACAAAUUCAAAAGCUGUCUAAGGACCUUGAGUCUGUCGUAACAGAUCGUGACCACGUCCAAUCUAAGAUGGAGAAACUCGUGUGCCAAGUAACAUCUCUCAGUGAAGAACGAAAUCAACUACAGAACCAACUUGAGAGAGCAGCUUUAACAAUGAAAUGUGCAUGUGUUCAAGCUGAGAAAAAUGUCCUAGUUGCUGAGAAAAGCUCUGACGUGUUGGAGAAGCUUACUUUCAGAGAGAUGUCUCUUAAUGAGGAGCACCCUGUGUUGCAAAAGACAAUGGAGAUUCUUAGGCAGGAGAAAAAUGAGCUUGCAGCGAAGCUGAAGGAUGUGACAGCAACAUAUGAAGCAGAGAAAAUGCAUUUUCUCGAGAAAAUUGACCUAACUGAAGCUGAGAGAGAUGCUCUCCUGGCUGAGAAUGAAAAUGGGCGGUGCUUGACUGAGGAAUUGGAGGAGCUGACUUGCAAAGUAAAUUCUGCUAGUGGUGACCGAGCUGAAUUGCAGGAGACAUUGGAGAUACUCAGUCAGGAGAAAAAUGAGCUUGCAGCAAGGCUCGAGCAUUUGACAGGAACUUAUCAGGCAGAGAAAAUGCAUUUUCUUGAGAAAAUUGAACUAGCUGAAGCUGAGAAAGAUGCUCUACUGGCUGAGAAUGAAAAUAGGCGGCGCUUGACUGAGGAAUUGGAGAAGCUGACUUGCAAAGUGAAUUCUCUCAGUGGGGAGCGAGCUGAAUUGCAGGAGAUAUUGGAGAUACUCAGUCAGGAGAAAAAUGAGCUUGCAGUGAAGUUUGAGGAUGUGACAGGAACUUAUCAAGCAGAGAAAAUGCAUUUACUUGAGAAAAUUGAACUAGCUCAAGCUGAGAAAGAUGCCCUACUGGCUGAGAAUGAAAAUAGGCAGCGCUUGACUGAGGAAUUGGAGAAGCUGACUUGCAAAGUGAAUUCUCUCAGUGGGGAACGAGCUGAAUUGCAGGAGAUAUUGGAGAUACUCAGUCAGGAGAAAAAUGAGCUUGCAGCAAGGCUCGAGCAUUUGACAGGAACUUAUCAGGCAGAGAAAAUGCAUUUUCUUGAGAAAAUUGAACUAGCUCAAGCUGAGAAAAAUGCUCUACUGCCUGAGUGCGAAAGUAGAUGGAGCUCUGCUGAAGAAUUGGAGAAGCUGACUUGCAAAGUCAAUUCUCUCAGUGGGGAACGAGCUCAAUUGCAGGAGAUAUUGGAGAUACUCAGUCAGGAGAAAAAGGAGCUUGCAGCAAAGCUUGAGGAUGUGACAGGAACUUAUCAAGCAGAGAAAAUGCAUUUACUUGAGAAAAUUGAACUAGCUCAAGCUGAGAAAAAUGCUCUACUGGCUGAGAGGGAAAGUAGAUUGAGCUCUGCUGAAGAAUUGGAGAAGCUGACUUGCAAAGUCAAUUCUCUCAGUGGGGAACGAGCUCAAUUGCAGGAGAUAUUGGAGAUACACAGUCAGGAGAAAAAGGAGCUUGCAGCAAAGCUUGAGGAUGUGACAGGAACUUAUCAAGCAGAGAAAAUGCAUUUACUUGAGAAAAUUGAACUAGCUCAAGCUGAGAAAAAUGCUCUACUGGCUGAGAGGGAAAGUAGAUUGAGCUCUGCUGAAGAAUUGGAGAAGCUGACUUGCAAAGUCAAUUCUCUCAGUGGGGAACGAGCUCAAUUGCAGGAGAUAUUGGAGAUACUCAGUCAGGAGAAAAAGGAGCUUGCAGCAAGGCUCGAGCAUUUGACAGGAACUUAUCAAGCAGAGAAAAUGCAUUUACUUGAGAAAAUUGAACUAGCUCAAGCUGAGAAAAAUGCUCUACUGGCUGAGAGGAAAAGUAGAUUGAGCUCUGCUGAAGAAUUGGAGAAGGUGACUUGCAAAGAAAAUUCUCUCAGUGGUGAACGAGCUCAAUUGCAGGAGACAUUGGAGAUACUCACUGAGGAGAAAAAUCAGCUCACCACAAAGCUGGAGGACAUGACAGAAACCCAUGAAGCAAAGAAAGUGCAUUUAGUUGAGCUAUUAGCAUUAGCUGAAGCUGAAAGAGAUGCUCUACUGGCUGAGAAGGAAAGGAGACUGAGCACUGCUGAAGAAUUGGAGGAGCUCACUCAUAAAGUGAAUUCUCUCUGUGUGGAACGAGCUCAAUUACAGGGGACACUGGAAAUACUCAAUCAGGAGAAAAGUGAGCUUUCAGUGAAAUUGGAGGAUAUGACGGGAACCUAUGAAGCGGAGAAAAUUAAUUUAUUUGAGAAAGUAGCACUAGCUGAAGCUGAGAGAGAUGCUCGACUGGCUGAGAAGGAAAAUGAAUGUAAGAACUCCGCUGAGAAAUUGCAGAAGCUGACAUCCCAAUUGAUGUUUCUCAGUGGGGAACGAGCUCAGAUGCAGGAGAUACUGGAAGAACAUGAACGUGACAAGAAACAGAUCAAAGUAGAGCUACAGGACAAAAUGAGCAUGGUGCAGCAGCUGGAGGAGCAAGUAAAAUUAUUAAAGAAAAACCAAUCAGAGGUUCAAGCUGAGGCAAACACGUCACAGCAGUUGCUAACGGAAGCAAAGGCAACUAUUUCUGUACUCAAUCAGAAGCUUAAACGGAGUGACCAGAACAUGACUGAUUCCAAGGUGACAGCAUCAUCAAGGUUACACGAUUCAACUGUGCAGCUUGAGGAGUUAUUUGGGAGAUUCCAGCAAUUUGUAGACGCAUGCAUCGAUUCUCAACACGAAGUGAAAGAGGAGCAGGCUGAAUAUUUUCUGAAUGACAAGCACUCCUUUCCUCAAGCCACAUAUAUCGCUCACAACAUGGUGUGCGGCCUGGGACACAAGAAUUUCAUGACUCUCUCUACUAUAAUUGAUGCCCUUCUGAAAAAGGCUCAGCUGUACACGAUCAAUUUUCGGCAGUUAGUCAGAUGUGAUUUGUCUAGCUUUGAGGAGUGGCGCUUGCAAGAUAUGUUGCAAUGCAGAUCACAGGCACCCACCUACACUCUGAAAGACCUGGACUGUUGCUCAGGUCGGGGGAACAGACUCUGCGAACUCAUCCAAAAAAGACAGUUCUGUGUGCAGAAAAUGGACAGCAUUUUGAAGAAGCUCCGGAAGAGCUUAGAUUCUUACCGCAAUGAACAUUCAGCAGAUGUCCGAGAAAAGGCCAGGUUCUCAAAGCAGGUGCAGGAUGAGUACAGCAGGUCACCAGUCGUCGCGAGUAGGCUCACCAGCCUCUUUCGGGUUGAGGCUGAUAGUAGAUCUGUGGUGUCACAAAACAGAACUAUAAUUUUAAAGGGCAUCCUUGAUGACUGGCAAGUCGAGGAUCAGGAAUUGCGGCAACUGAAUGCGCAGGCUCAACGGCAGUUGCAAGAAGACAAAGACAAGCGUGUUACUCUGCAACAUAUGCUGGAGGAAACUCCAAGCUCAGAGCCAUCUUUGCUUAGCAACAACCAGCAACGUGAUCUACUUCGUCAAUCUGAGGAGAAUAUAAAAUGGAAGCAGGAAGAAGAGGCCGAGAUAAAAGCCAACAGUUGCGUCACUGACCACUCCGUGGCCAUUCAGCAACUGAAGAUGGAACUGCUGGCGAGCCAAGCACAAGUUGGACAGCUCGAGAACACAAUCAAAACUCUCAAACAGUUGCAAGAGUCUGAGAAAAGUGAAUCACCUUUUUCUGCUGAGCUGGAGAAAGUCAAAAUGGAAUUAUUCAAGAUGAAAUUGGAGUUGAAUGCUGCUUCUGAAAAGCAUCGCCAAGAGAUCCAGAAGAUGACCAUUGUUCUCAACGUGAAGGAAGAGUCGCUGAGGAAGCUGAAGGAAACCCUAAGGACACAACACCAAGGGGAUGAGUCCUUCCUACAAGGUGAAGAGCUUUGUGACCGACUGCUAAAUCCUCGAGGUGUGGUGAACAAGACCAGUCGUGGUCUACGUGAAAACAACCUGGAGGAGGAAGUGAAACAUCUUCAAAUUAAAAUUGGUCAUCUUGAGAAUGUUAUUUCCAGUCAGCAGGCUGACCUUGCUAAAUGGAAGAAUAGAGCAAUCAAGCUGAAGUUGAAAGCCAACAGGGAUUUUAAGUCUUCCCCGCCCCAUACGCCCACCAAACAGGGACCUUGUGUGUACCCUGACACCUUGCUUCAGUCACCAAGAAAGUUCUCAGUUGUGCCCCAGAAGUUGCAGGGUACCCCUAUUGUGCUGCAGGAUUCCCCAAAAAUCCCACUCAUUGACUCUCCAAAAAGCCAAUUCUUUGACUUUGCUUCAAAUGCAGACCUGCUCGCCAGAACUUGUCCCACACAGUUCUUUGAUAACUCCAGCCUUGGAAUUACUGCAGAUACCAAACUAGAUGAAAACUGCUCUCAGCCUCCAAGGCAGGAUUGCAUAACGCAGUAAACUGUUUAUUUCAUGUUGUUUUAAGCCUUGUUGUUUUGAGUAUUUUUCCAAAUUGUAUAACACAGUAAACUGUUUAUUUCAUGUUGUUUUAAACCUUGUUGUUUUGAGUAUUUUUCCAAAUUCAAUUAAAACCCUUUUUGACACUGUGAUUUAUUGAUCUGUUCUGAUUUCACUUAUACUACACCUGUUUGAUCUUAUCAAUAUAAGACACCUGCCCACAACAGUCCCAUUCCAAAACCCACUGUUGCCAAGGCCAAAGAGCUGUCAAAGGACACAAGAAACAACAUUUUGUAGACCUGACCUAAACCUGAAAUGCGUAAGAAGCUUGCGGUGAAGAAAUCAACUAUAGGAUUGGCUUUGUUAGAAGCAUUUCAAGGUCCAGGAGGGGCCUAGCCAGUCCCCCAGAUCUCAACCUCAUAGAAAAUCUUUGGA